UGAGUUCCUCUGUCACUGUGGCAGAGAAGAAUCUCUCACAAUCUCUCUGAAGCUUUCAACUUCCAAUCCUCCUAUCUCGCAUACGCUUACAGAGUUCACUCAAGCUCAUCUCUGCUGCUCAAAAAGCAGACUUUUCUUUCUUGUUUUUCUCAAACUCCCAAACACAAAGGCUCUCCUCUUCAUCUUUUCUUUUCUUUUGCCUUUUUGUUGUGAGUAAUGGAGGUUUUGUGCUUUCAAUUUCAUCACUCGCAAACUUUCCACAUUGUAACGAUCCUUGUCACCAUUUUACUUUCGUCACAAACUUUGAAAGGCAUGACUUGUUUAUAAGCCAGAACAGAGGAACUUGAACUUGAGAGAUUGUGUAUGUUUGUAUGGCAAGUGAUACUGUCUCAGCUGGUUCUAACUUCACUGUUUUGCUUCAAAACGACAGAAUUUCUGCUUCUUCUUCUUCUGAGGUUCUCGACUCCCUUUGGAUCCCCGCUCGUUCCACUCUUGACGGUCCAUCAUCAAUGAUUCAUUUUGAUAAUGUUGGAGGAUCAGGUACCAUGGAUAAUCCGGAUGAGGAUCUUGAUGUGCAGUUUAAUCAACCACCAGGGAAGAAAAGGCGACUCUCGGCAACACAAGUUGAGUUUCUUGAGAGGAAUUUUGAGGUAGAAAAUAAGCUUGAACCAGAGAAGAAAGUCCAACUUGCUAAGGGACUAGGAUUGCAGCCUCGCCAAAUCACCAUAUGGUUCCAAAAUCGAAGAGCUCGGUACAAGAACAAAAGGCUCGAAAAGGAUUUCGAUUCCUUGAUAUCUUCCUACGAUAAGCUCAAGAUCGAUUACGAUUGUCUUUCCAAGGAGAAACAAAUCUUGAAACAAGAGGUUUUUGCACUGAAAGAAACAUUGCUCAAUAGAGAGAAGGGAAAAGAACAUUUGGAACCACAAGAUGCAAUUGAAAAACCAGUAGUCCCAAAUUCAGCGUUAGAAUCUAUGUCCAAUGUCGUGCCAAUGGAAGUCUGCAAACAAGAAGAUGCAAGAAGUGAUGUUUUUGACUCGGACAGUCCUCAUUACACUGAUGGGAACAAUUCUUCAUUGUUAGAACCAGAACAGUCGGAUUUCUCGCAAGAAGAAGAGCAUCAUAAUCUUGGAAGGAGCUUCUUGCAAGUCCUACCGUGCUUUCCAAAACUUGCAGAUGGAUGUUAUGGUUACCCAUCUGUUAAUUCCUUUAGUUUUGAGUUUCCAGUAGAAGAUCAGCCAUUCUGGACCUGGUCUUAUUAAGCUCUAUGUAUACCAUACCAUGUGUUAGCAAUGUAAAAUAAGAUCUCUCAUAAAUCAAAAUAUAUAUCUAAAAUGGUUGCUUUGCAAGGUAAAUAAAAAAGUAAAUUUUGC